AUGGAGGGCUUCAACGACGAACAGUUCCAACGGCUUCUUGACGGCUUGAACCAAGCCCCCAACGUGGAUCCCUUUGAUCUCUUUUGUGACACCACUCUUAUCCCCCAAAGUGAUAACAAUAAUGGUCUGGAUGGGCUGCUAUCCUUCCCUCCGCUCCCACCUAUAUCGGAGGUGCCCGUUCCUGCUCUAUCCGAUGUGCCUCCACGGGAGUACGACUCCUCUGGGGCUUCGAUCAGGACAUCUGAGCCCGAAAGGGGCGAACCUGAUAUGACAGAAGCGCUAGAAGUUGCAAAACAGGCACAGCGCCUUGUUGAAGCGCAUCGGGCGCAGCAGGAAGCUAUGAAACUUGAGUAA